AUGGACACGGCAGCCGGAGUGGAUCACGCAAGAUACGCGCUGCGGCCGGGUACAGCUACACGCAGGCCGCUAGACCGGCCGAUCGAGGCGGAGGGGAGAGCUUGCGGGCUGUGGGCCUCUGUAGUACUGACAACCCAAAGACAGGAAAACCAACAAUUCGCAGAUUCGCCGGCAGGCGCUUCCGGCUCGGCAGGCGGCGAAGUCCCCUGGAAGCGCGCCAGACCCGGGGAAAACUCUCCCCCCGCCCUCCCGACCCUCACACGACCGGCUUGGGUGUUGGCAAGGAAGAGCCAACAGGCGGCCUAG